AAAUGGAAUUUAAUCUCCGUUGAUGUGGAAUUGUUUACAAAUGGCGGCGAGCAGAUUGAGAAGUCCAUGAAGGAAUAAAUAGACUAAAAUUAGUGAGAACUUAAACCACAAAAUCUUCUGAGCAGUGGGUGCAAGAUAAAGAGAUAAAUAGAGUAUUAAUACUGUAAAGUGAUGUUCUUUUAAAUUCAGCGUUUUAGAUCAUACCUGCAGUCUGAGAGGUUUACUGAAGUGUAUACCCGGAUACGAAAGAUAACCGUCAUGACCGAGGUUCUCAGGAACACAUCCCAAAAUUUUGAUGGAGCUGAGAAAAAGAAAGUUCUUGAACAAGUUUUUGCUCAGUACGAUGCAAAUGGAGUUGAAGAACUUACACCAAUACAAGUCCAAAUAUUGCAUGGAGAUCUGAGAAUGGGAGGAAUAAGUCUACCACAGGUUUUUGCAUCUGUAAAGUACAUCUGUGCUACAAACAACUGCCAUAUCAGUGAGUUGUAUGAUCUUAUUCAAGAGAUGGAUCGUCGCUAUUUUCUUAUUCAAGAUUUCCGAUGGGAAUUCUCCUUUUUGGACCGAGAACAGAAACAAAGCAUCACUGUGGCUCAAGCAAAAUGGUUUGUCCAGUCUGUCCAUGGAAGAUUCUUCUCGCCUGGGAAAUGGAGCAACUUUGUAAAAUCACGAGCUGUACCAGGCAGUGGUGUGACGUUUGCAGAGAUAGAAGUGAUGCUUUGUGACAUUCCAAGCAAACAGAUCUUGGAGGAAGAGGAACGAGAAAGAGAACGAUUACAGAAAGAGCGACAAAAACGCAAAGAACAGGAGGCAGCUGCUGCUAAGGCAGAGAGGAUGAGAAGACAGCAAGAACGAGAAGCUGCCAAAAAGUUGGAAGAACUUGAAAACAAGAAAGCAGAAGAGGAAAGACUUCGAAGGGAAAGAGAAGAAGCAAUUAGAGAAAAGGAGAAUGCUGAGAGGAAGUUGAAGGAGGAUGAAGAGGAGAGGGAACGUUUGAAGAGACUGGAAGAGGAAGAAAGGAGAAAGAGAGAGGCAGAUGAAAAUUUAUACAAAGAUGCAGAGCUCCACAAAGAGGCAGCAGAAAAGGCUGAGAAAGAUGCUGACAAUGAACUGGCUAAACUUGAGAGUGAAAAGGAUGGAGCAGAUGAAAAGAAGAGAAAGAUGAUAGAAGAGGAAGAAGAAAGGCAGAGGAAGCUAAAGAAAGAUAACAAAAACAAGCGCAUCCGCUACCAAUUGAAGGUUGCCAUCAAGGCAAAGGACAAGUACCAGCUUGAGUUCUCAAUGACAGAGUUUAAGAACGCUAAACUCUCAGAUGAUGACAUGGACUAUGAGAAGGCAAAACGCCUUUUGAGGCAGUUGUCAGCUAAAGAAGGUCUCCAGAAAGCCAUGACAAAGAGGGAAAUUGAGGAACUGGACAGAGCUAUGACUUUUGUACGCAAACACGGCUUAGAGGUGGAGCUCGCUAGUGAGAUGAUGGAUGCGAACAAACUUCUGUCACAUCUCAGACGGCUCGAGAGGAUCAGACACGAGAUCUUGGAGCUGAAGCAGUCGACUGUGGCUGAAAUCCGGAGCUACACGAGCCCUCCGCUCAUUGUGCACACAGUCAUGACUGCCACAUUUUUGCUGCUGGGGCAUAAGGAAGGAGAAACAAAGGACUGGAAGGCGGUGCAGGCUCUUGUGGGUAAAACAGGGAAGGAGAGCCUUAAACGACGCUGUCUGGAGUUGGAUGCGAAAACUUUGGCACUAAAAACUGCCAAGAAGGCUCGGAAACUUCUGGAAAAGUAUGAACUGGAUGAUGUAAGGGACAUUUCAGCUGGUGCUGCAACUUUCUUUGUAUGGGCUACUGCAAUGAUAGAAGAAGCUUUCGCCUUGCUGGAACAAGAAUCUUCCUGAACAGAGACCCUUUUCAACAAGAAACUAUUAAUGUGAUACCAGAAACGGAAAGACACCUCAUGGUGUUGUCAUGGGCACUGAUAGAGUGAUAUACAUAUAUGCUUUGUGAAGACAUUUUGUGCCUGGAAUCUCCUUCUUUCUUCUUGGAUAAUUGAAUAAUCAACUGUAAUCCAUCAUUGCGUUGAGAUAUUAAAUAACAAUCUCCUCUCUCAUCUUCUUUCUCCAUGGUGAAGACAAACUAUGAUCUAUUUUUUUUCUAUGAAUGAUGGGAACUAUUGACUUUCUCGAUUUUUUCUUUGUUCCUGUUUCCAUUGAUGAUGAUUACCAUAUUUAAUGACAGUAAUGUAACAAAAUUCAUAAUUAGGUGAUCCCUUUCAUUUUUGCAUGAUUUGAAUUUAUACUGUGGUCACAGAGAGUGCAUGGCCUACCUAUUAAAAACGUUACUGUGUUGAAUUUGUGAAUCAAAAGAAAAAA